GCGAACAGGGCCGCGAGUGGGUCGUGGCGUGGAGCUGGACAGGUUCCCGGACGGAGGGGGCGGCGAGCAGCGGUUUAGGCCGCAUCUAUGGCAGUAUUGCUUUCCCUCGGGUUCCGAGCCGGAGGUGUAAUGAUGAUUGCAACUCUCUUCCAAGCCCUUUAAACUAACAGGAACCUCUUCACUUCCUGGGCCCGGAGCAUUGGUAGAGGAAUAUUAGGAACCUCUGAAUUCUCUCGCCCAUUCACUUUACAUUAACUGCAGCGAUGGUUCAGCCCCCAGUGUUGCUGCGAAGGAAAGAAUUUUUACCCACUAGCCUGGUAAAAGUGGGAGUAACUUCAGUAGUACCGUUUGAUGAGCGCUUUGGUGGGGACGGACAAUGGUGACAUGGGACUGGGAGAGGGGAGAAAUGACCCCUCCAGUUGGAGAGGUGGACUCGCAGAGGAGGUGGAUGACAAAGUUCUUCAUGCUGCUUUUAUCCCUUUUGGAGACAUCACAGAUAUCCAGAUUCCUCUCGAUUAUGAAACAGAAAAGCACCGAGGAUUUGCUUUUGUCGAAUUUGAGUUGGCAGAGGAUGCCGCAGCAGCUAUCGACAACAUGAAUGAAUCUGAGCUCUUUGGACGGACUAUUCGUGUCAAUUUGGCAAAACCAAUGAGGAUUAAGGAAGGCUCUUCCAGACCAGUUUGGUCAGAUGAUGACUGGUUGAAGAAGUUUUCUGGGAAGACUCUUGAAGAAAAUAAAGAAGAAGAAGGGUCAGAGCCUCCCAAAGUGGAAACCCAGGAGGGAGAGCCCCCUGUCAAAAAGGCCCGGUCAAACCCUCAGGUGUACAUGGACAUCAAGAUCGGGAACAAGCCAGCCGGCCGCAUCCAAAUGCUCCUGCGUUCAGACGUCGUUCCCAUGACAGCAGAGAAUUUCCGCUGCCUGUGUACCCACGAGAAGGGCUUUGGCUUCAAGGGGAGCAGCUUCCACCGCAUCAUCCCCCAAUUCAUGUGCCAGGGCGGUGACUUCACCAACCACAACGGCACUGGGGGCAAGUCCAUCUACGGGAAGAAGUUUGAUGAUGAGAACUUUAUCCUCAAACACACAGGACCAGGCCUGCUCUCCAUGGCCAACUCUGGCCCAAACACCAACGGCUCCCAGUUCUUCCUGACGUGUGACAAGACAGAUUGGCUGGACGGCAAGCAUGUGGUGUUUGGGGAGGUGACAGAAGGCCUGGACGUCUUGCGGCAGAUUGAGGCCCAGGGCAGCAAGGAUGGGAAGCCCAAGCAGAAGGUGAUCAUCUCUGACUGUGGGGAGUACGUGUGAGAGGUCGGGCUGUCAGCCCCAGGGAACCGGCACCCGAGGGGUCCUGUUUGCAGCAAGCAGGGCUUUGUGUCCUGGCCCUUCCUCGGGGUCAGUGUGGAGCAGCUCCUCUGCAGGCGCGGCCUGGCCUCGCCCUGCCUCUUCCCCAGGUGUGGCCAUGGGCCCGGGUGCUGCCCUCCCCACCAUAGACUGCUGUGCACAGCCUUUGCUGCCAGGGCCCCUCCUGCGCCCACCAGUGUGGCUCUUAGACAUUUUCUUCUAAUAAAGUAAAUUCUAGUUUUUGUACAGCUGCCUCCAGGUAGUUGCUGAGAGUUGUGAGAGGUCGCAUCUAAAGCUAAGCUGGCCCCUUGAGACAGGUGGGUGAAGGAACAGGGCACAGCUUUUCUUUCCUCCCUUGAGCGAUGAGAUGCCAGGUGGUAUAUUCAGGCAGAUACCCUUGUCAAGACAGUGGAAAUCAGUGACAGUGGAAGAGUCCCUGUCUUCAGUGCCUCUCUCCCUAACUGUGCGGGCCAGUCCUGCAGCCGCAGCUGUGCUUCUCAGUCUCGAUGAUUCAUUUGUUUGCUCACAUUCAUUCUACAGAUUUUUUAAGUGGUAUUUUAUAACUCAAAGUGCCUUCUCCAUGCCAGGUACUGUACUUACUUGUCAGGAGACAGUGGGGGGGGCGAACUCCUUAUUUUUGUGAACAGCCCACUCCCUAUCUUUGUGAAUAAAGUUAAUUAGAACGGAGCCACACCCAUCUAUUUACGUAUUGUCUGUGGCUGCUUCCUCACCGCAGUGGCAGAGUUGAGUAAUCAGUGACAGACACCAUGUGGCCCCUGUAUUAGAGUUCUCCAUAGAAACAGAACCAGUAGGAAGCAUGCCUGUAUGUAUAUAUAGGGAGAGAUUUAUUUUACAGAAUUAGCUCUGCAGUUGUGGGGGCUGACAAGUCUAACAUCAGUGGGGCAGGCCUGCAGGCUGGAGCCCCAGGAAAUAGUUGAUGUUGAAGCUUGAGUCCAGAGGCCGUCUGGAGGCAGAAUUCCUCUUCCCUCAGGUGACCGCAGUCUUUCUUAAGGUCUUCAACUGAUUGGAUGAGGCUGACCCACAUUAUAGAGCAUCAGGUGCUUUACUCCAAGUCUACUGAUUUAAAUGUCCCUCACAUCUGAAAAGUACCUUCACUGUAGCAUUUAGAGUGGUGUUUGGCUAAAAAGUGGAUACCAUGGCCUAGCCUGUUGACAUAUAAAAUUAACCAACACAGUCCCAAAGCCUAAAAUAUUUACCAUCUGAACCUUUGCAGAAAGUUUGUUGACCACUGAUGAGGCACAUGGUCCCACCCACACUGAGCUCACAGUCUGGUCCCUGAGUGUAGCCACUGCCUGGAGCUCAAGUUGGGCUGGCUUCUCUCUGCUCCCCCUCCAUGGACUGGUCAGCCAGGUGGCCUCAGAGAAACCCUGACCUGCUGAAAACUGAGCAGGGACUGAGCCCUUUAGCCACUAGACAGCUUUCUGCGGAUUGGGUCACUCAGAUCAUUGAGAGUCCACUGGGCUGGGCUUUUCUAUCUUGAGUAGAAAUCUGGAUGAGGCAGGAGUGACCUGCUGCCUCCUGGCCCUGGUGACCCAGGAUAGCACCUGCUGAGGGAUGAUGGCCUCUGGCCAAGCUCUGGCUCCCAUGUGCCAAUGGAUCCAGCCCUCAGCUGAGCUCCCUCUGCUGCAGUUGGCCAGGUUUCUGACUCCUUAUGCCUGGGAUGUACCACAUAGUUACUGUUCCUUAUGGAGCUGCCAAAAGAGACCCUCCCUUGAGGCUUAGGUGCCCCAUGAGCACAGACGGUGGCCUUCACAGAUCAGUCACAUGUGUUAGGGGAGGCUUUAGUGAAGCAGUGAUGUCAGGGCUUAUACAAGAGCCAAGACAGGAUGUGUAUGAAGAAUUCAGCACAACCA